AUGGAAAUAAUUUAUUUGAUUCAAGCAGAUCCAAUAAACUUCUCAAUAGAUAGAAUUUACUCAAUACUCUAGUCUACAAUUACAAAAACAAAAUAAUAUUAUUCUUGUCACAAUAUUUUUAUUUGCCCUCAUACUGUUUAAAUUGAAUUAAAUUCUCAAAGAAAUCAAAUAUUUUAUUAGCCUCAGAAUUGUCAGCUUUGCCCAUAAAAUGUAUUCUUGAGAUUACAAUAAAGGGAUAAAUUGAAAUAUAUGAUUUGCGGAAUUUUAUAUUUUUUAUUAGAAGGUAGAAAUAAUCUAUAAUAAUAUUACUAAACUUAAGAAUACUUUUUCUUUAAAAAUAUUUAUGGAUAUUACAAUGAAAAUGAAUAUUUUAUGAGAUCAAUUUGUUAAAUUUUGACUAAGUUAGAUUUUAAUGAAAAAUAAUAAAUACUAAAUCAAAUGCCUCAAUCUAGCAUACCUGUUGUUGAAAAAUAUCAAUUCAAUAAAUAUUGCGUCAUUAUUAUAUCUCCUUGUUUAGGAGCUCCUUAAUUUAGAAAAACAGAAAGUAGUAGUUUAUAUUAUCUGAUAAGCUUCUAAAAAUUCUUGUAGGAACUUAAAGAAAUUUAAAUAAGAAUAGGAUUGAAUAACCCAUUACCUCCUCCUUGUCCUCAUAAUAUAUUCAUUUGUUAGGGAUUUCAAAAUUAUUGCAGAUUUUUUAUUAAUAUAUAUCAAACUAAUCCAAUAUGUAGAUGUUAAAAUAGGUAAAUGGGAAAAGUUUUAUGUAUUUUAUUAACUGGAAAAGAAUAAAUUAAUUAUAAUUAAUAAGAAAAUGAUGAAUUUAUGGAUAAUAAAACAAUAGAAUUUUUAUAAUAACUAAUAAAUUAAUAUGAAUUCAAUAGUGCUCAAGAAUAAUUUGAAUAAUAUGAUUAAAUUAUUCAAAAAAUUGAAGAAUUUAAAAGAACUAUGUCAAUCAUCGUAGAAGAAUUUAUAGAACCAAGUUUUUAUGCUAAUGCUCUAUCAAAUAAUUUAAGUAUUAUUUAAUAAGAUUUUCUUUGGGAAUAUUAUAAAAUUCUAUUUUUGCAGGAAAUGAUAGAACUAUUAGAAAAUAGAGUAUUAGCUUAACCCAUCCAUUUGGAUAUUUUGUUACCUUUUAUAUUCUAAUUAAAAGAUUAAUAAGUAUAUAUUCAUUUUAGCUUUAGAAAUAAAGAAUACAAGCUUUUCUCUAAAUUUAGGAAUCUAAUAUAUUAUAAACAAUUCUUCAAUCUUAUAAUGAAUAACUUUAAAAUCAGCACAAUUAGAUACCACAACCACAUUAAAUCAUAAAUAAUGCUAAUUAUUUUCCAAAUUUAUUUUUGGUCAGAUAUACACUUUUCUAGCAAUUUUCUGGAGUAUUAGCAUUUCAAGAUUAAAAUAAUUAAUUCUUUAGACAGAGAUUUUAGGGUGAUUUAAAUUAUCAAAAUAUUAUUGCAUUUGAGAAUUAACUUAGAAAUGGACAAAUAUAAUUAUGA